AUGCUCUGGACGAAACCAUUUAUUUUAUUUUAUUUCUUCGCUCAAAUCCCUUCAGGGGGCCUUUCCCAGUCCACAGUAUCGGCAGAUAUCCCUGGAAACGUCAGGUUUCGGAUUCCCAAAGACUCUACCACUCUCCAGACUUCAACUAUAACUUCUAGUACUAUUACGUCGUCGGAACUUCCUUCAGAUCAGUUGCAACCCACCGUUAAUGUUUCACAGGGGACUGAUAGUUUGGUUCCUACCCCUUCGUUACAGGACAAUAAUUUGGGGGCACAAAGCAAACCCGUGAACGCUGGGGCGAUAGCUGGCUUGGUUAUUGGUGUGGUCGUUUUACUGCUCGGGACGUUGAUUGGGGCGGUCUGGUAUUUACGUUCAAGAGGCCGGAAUAAGAGUACCUUCACGAAAACCGCAAUUGAGAAUCAAUCUGAACAGAAACUUCCUCCAACAGAGACUAUCUCUAAGGAGACCAUCCAGAAACAAGAAACACAGACGGUUGAACCAAAACCCAAAACACCACCGGCUCCGAAUUUCGAUAAACCGUCUCAAGAGGCCCAAAGAAGAUUAAGGUCAUCUUUCGGAGGGCUGUGA